AUGACUGUUAGCAUGUCUUGUGCAGUAUCGAUGAUGUACCUCGGACCGCCUGUGAUCAGAGCGAACGGUUCCUACACAUUCAAAGUCCAUGCUGAUGAAAUUCUCAUUGUUCAAUCUCAUACUGCCAACGGCACUAGACCUGUAUUCAAAGGUUGUUUGGAACCUAAUGAUGAAUUCACCUUCAGAUCGUCUCGUUUGAUCGAUCAUCAUUUUGUGAUUACAAUUUAUGUUAAUGGUAUAAUCGAUCAGCAUGUGUUUGUCUGUUGUGAAACCGGGUUUGUGAGUCAAUCUCAUUUUCAAAUGCAACGAAGUUCAUGCCAACUACAAUCGAUAACAGGAGGAAUCCCCUGUGAAAUUUGUCAUUCGCAUCAACUGAUGGACUUUACCCCGAACGAAAUUCCGUAUGAAAUGACAACUCCUGAUGUUCAACCGGUGAUUGUGUCUAAGCCGGUGAAAAUGCCAACCGAGAAUUAUCCUGAUCAAAAGAUGACUUUGAAUGAUACUACACCUAAAGAUCAUUCGAUUACAGUUGUCAAUAAAAAUCAAACGAAAACCACGAACGUUAACACAAAGGAGAGUAUACAAAAUAAUACUCUCAAGAUCAAGAAUGAAGAUGAUGAAAAACAAAACAUAUCAUCAGCUGCUAAAUUUCAAAUGCAAAAACUACUAUCGAGUUAUCUACAAUUAUUACAUCCACAAACGAAACCAUCUUCGGCUAUUUCCGAACCAGCCUCCACGACCCAACUGCACACCCACCCCGAUCCAACAGUUGGACAUAAUCGAGAGGAGAAAGCUGCAAUACAAAUUGCAUCGUCCGUACUAACACCGACAAUUGAAAGUAAAGCGGAAAAUUUCGUUCUUAUUUGGCUGGAUGCAACGAUUCGGACUAAUAACGAUACUCUCGAAUCCGAAGAGAAACUUCGUUCAAUUGUGAACUCGUUAGUCACUUGUCAUAGUAUCGACCAAGCGAAAGAUUUCAUGAAACAAAUCGAAGAUCAAGAAAUCUACUUAAUUGUCUCCGGUCGAUUGGCUAAAGAACUAGUUUCCAUGACUGAAAUCAUCGAUAAUACCAAGUUGAACUCGAUCUAUAUCUACUGUUCCAAAAAAUCCGAAUAUCAAGAUCUCGUUCAUCGUUGCGAAAAAAUUCGAGAUAUAUUCGACGAUAUUGAUUCUCUAUGCACUCGUCUCAAACAAGAUACAGAGCAAGCAUUGAAAAAUCUCCUUCCGAUGUCAACAAUAACCGAUGAGAAAAACCAAGCGAAAUUUCUCUGUGCACAAUUACAUCGCGAUCUACUUUUCACUGUCGAGUCGACCAAUGACGCGAAAUUGGAGUUGGCCGAUUAUUGUUACAAUAUAUACAAAUCAGUUCCCACUCAAAUUAGGUACAUCGAAGAAUUACGAACUGAGUAUCACGCAGGCAACGCGAUUCACUGGUACACGCGACAAACAUUUCUGUUCAAGAUGUUAAACAAAGCUCUUAUUGCACAAGACACAUCAACAUUAUACAGAUUCCAUUUUUUUAUCAAAGAUCUACACGAUCAUUUAGAGCGAAUGCAUAAGCGAAUGCAUAGUUUGUACAAGCCAUCCUUACAAUCACGAGUUUUAAAAGUGUAUCGAGGGUUGAGUAUGACAAUGGCAGCGUUUAAAAAGACCAUCUGUGCUGAAGUCAAUAAUUUAAUUGGCUUCGAUAGUUUUCUUUCGACGAGUUUGAAUGAUAGAAUAGCGAUCGAGUUCGCUUUGGAAAAACAACCUCCGAAAACGGAAUCGGUCGUUUUCUGUAUAGAAAUUGAUGUCGAUCAAAUGGAACGACCAUUCGCUGAUAUAUCACGUUGGAGUGAAUUUCGACGCGAACAAGAAGUUCUUUUCUCGAUCGGAACUGUCUUUCAAAUCGUCAAUGUAGCGAAGGAAAAGACCAGCGAUGGGAUAUGGAUGGUCCAUUUGAAGUCAGUUAACGACAACGAUGAAAAAUUACAAGUACAAACGCAACAAAUUCAGAGCGCCCUCUUGGAAUUUUUCGAGGAUAUUCUCAAGGAGCAAUGCGAUGUGAAUAAUCAUCAACAACUUCCAGCUAGUUAUGCCAAUGUCGCAAGUAUGUAUUACAAACAAGGUGAAUAUGAGAAAAGUCUGGCAUUCUAUAAAAAAGCGUUGGAUGCGUUGAACAGAUUGCAACCGACGGAUUCGUUAAGCAAAGCAAAAUAUAUCACAAACGUUGCUAAAGUACAGGUAGCAUUGCAUAAUCAAGGUGAAGCGCUGAAUUUAUAUGAACAAGCGUUACAAAUCCGUCGAAAUUUAUGUAAAUCUGAUGAUCCGACGUUGAUUCAUACGUUACAUACCAUCGGUGAUAUUUAUUGUCAAAAAGAAGAUUGGAAUGAAGCUUGGAAAUAUUACCACCAAGCGUUGGAAUUGCAAUUACCAGCUCUGGAAGCUUCUCGAUUGUUAGAUCUAUCAAUGAUAGCUGCCACUUAUAUUUGCCUAGGAAUUGUUUGUUAUAAACAAAAGCGCUUUGCCGAAGCGUUAGAUUCAUUUCUAAAAGCACUCAAACAACAAUGUGAGCAUUUAACCGAAGAGCAUCCUGUUUUAGCGUUUCUUUACAAUAAUAUUGGUGCGAUGCAUUAUAAAUUGAAACAGUACUCUGCUGCUUUAACAAACCAGUUGACAUGCUUGACGAUCGAAUCGAAGGCUUUACCGAAAGAUCAUAAAACAUUCAUAGAAACUUACGAAAAUAUUGCAACAACAUAUGAAAAACUUGGACAGUUCGAUCAAGCAAGUGUAUAUGCAGAGAAAUAUGUUGAACAAAUCAAACUUCAUUAUUCUGGAAAUGCUCAAAAGCUUAGUGAUGCUGCAGAUUUCCUUAAACGAAUCCAAAUCAGUCGAGAUAACCUAAAAUGA